AUAAGCCAACCACGUCCGUCAUUUCCUCGCCCUGCUCUCCCAUCUUCGCUACGGAAAAGACCCUGUACUCAUCUGAGCUUGUAGAAUCUUAUUAACACUUCAAUCGCGAUUUGCUAUACAUAAAUCUUUGCAAUCCCUGAGGCAACGCAUAGAAACAAUCCUCGAAAUCACCACCAAUUCACACCGACAUAUACAACCACCACAAUGUCUGCAGCAGGAGAAGGCCCGCUCUUUAGCACCGAUCUGAUAUCCCCCGAAGUGCUCAAGGCACUACCAGAAGGCUACAACUGCCGACCCCUCGAGCGAAAGGACUACGCAAAUGGGUUCCUAGAUGUACUACGUGUACUCACUACUGUUGGCGACAUAACUGAAGAACAAUGGAACAAGCGCUAUGACUGGAUGUCUGCCCGCAACGACGAAUACUUCCUCCUCUGCAUCACCGACUCGUCCAACGCCAUUGUCGGUACCGGCGCCCUUAUUGUCGAGCGCAAAUUUAUCCACCAACUCGGUCUCGUCGGGCACAUUGAGGACAUUGCGGUUGCAAAGGACCAGCAGGGCAAGAAGCUCGGACUGAGAAUCAUCCAGGCGCUGGAUUUCGUCGCAGAGAAGGUUGGGUGCUACAAGACUAUUCUAGAUUGCUCAGAGGCGAAUGAGGGGUUCUAUGUAAAGUGUGGGUUCAAGAGGGCCGGGCUCGAGAUGGCGCAUUACUAUGGCAGAAAAAACGUCACUGCAAACCAGAAAGAGAUAGUACCGCAAGGAGUCAUGGCGCAGGAAAAGUCCAAAGUCCCAGAUCACAAGAGCGCAACGCAAGAGAACCAAGGACAAGAGACCCCGCCAAUAACCCAAUCAACAGCGACAGUGCCAUGUGCAUCUCCACCAGAGAUCCCAGGCGACAAAUUCACACCCUACAACACCACCUCGUGGCCCAAGAUCCCCUCUGGACUCACUCCCGAUCUCUGGACCCCCAUACAAUGCGCACCCGCCAACUUCGCACCCGACCACUUCCUAUCCGUGUGCCAUAAUCUACUCGAAAACCCCAACCUCACCGCCUCGCAUCUUUCGCGUGCAGAGCUCUCGUACACCAGCUUUACAGACGCAACAUUCGACCCGCAAGCCAAAACGCCCGAGGAUCUCGCUAGUAUCAUCAAGCACCUGCGCCCAGAAUGCCGACCACGGUUGGUUCAAGGCGGACUGCCAGGAUACACGCUUGACUACACAGUUGUGCGGAAACUGGUGCCACGGAAUCCCAAGUUAGACGAUGCACUUAUGCAGACUUGUCAUUUGUUUGUUUCAGAGGAGGAAAUCACUGUUGCUGCUGCUGAUGAAGAAAGAGAAGAGACAUUCAAGGCAGAAAGAUACGUGGUCAUCUACAUCCCGCACGUAGACGACACCGAAAGUGGUGCCGAAGCGAUUCCAUACUACCACCCCAAAGUCCGCGCUUUAGCAAUCCUGUAUACGUAUUUUCCUACUGGGCUUGAUACAGUAUCUGGCCUGGAUUCGCCGGGCUUGCUAUCCGUCUACUACAAUCUUUUCUCCCAGGUGCCACUGGACAAUCGGCUCGAACGCACAGCACUCAAACUCGCAGAGAUAAUACACAAGCAUGCACGCGGGCGACAGGCAGGCUACAAGAAACGCGUGCAUCAUGAUCUGAUAAUCGGCCAAAAAAGGUUCCAGGAUACGUAUGCAUAUCUCAAGGGCAAAUACGCAAAAGAUCUCAUCACCGCAUGGAUCGAGCAAACACCACCCGAGAAACACGUCUUUGAAGACCUAGGCAUCGCCGCCUUUCUCGAAGAACUCUGGGUAGACAUGUACGGCGGCGAAGCCAACCCCCAAGCACUCGACGGCGACGAAUCCAAAUCCCAAAGAAAAAAAAUUGCACAAUCAAACUUCCCCGGCUUCGUAGACAUCGGCUGCGGCAACGGCCUCCUUGUCUCCAUUUUAACCACCCAAGGCUGGUCCGGCUGGGGUUUCGAUGCGCGCCGCAGAAAAUCCUGGGAUACAUUCCCUACAUCGCACGCUGAGAAACUAAAGGAGAUGUUACUCGUACCAGCUAUCAUUCAGCCCUCCCCUUCUCUUUCACCCAUCACCCCCGAAACCCCUUCGUCUACAACAACGACACCCCAUCACAGCGGCAUAUUCCCUCCACAAUCUUUCAUAAUCAGCAACCACGCCGACGAACUCACACCCUGGACCCCCCUCCUCGCAUAUUUGAACUCCUCGCCUUUCAUCGCUAUACCAUGCUGCAGCCAUGAUCUAGGCGGCACGCGGUUCCGUGCGCCGGUGCAUGCUAAACACCUUGUUGCAGAUCCGGCGACUGAGAAGGCGAGGAAGAAGAAUAAACAGCCGUCAGCAUAUGCAAGUUUGUGCUCGUGGGUAUGCCAUCUGGCGGAGAAGACGGGGUUCGAGGUUGAGAAGGAGUAUUUGAGGAUUCCUAGUACGAGGAAUGUGGCAGUGGUAGGGAGGAAGCAGGUAGCAGACAAGGAGGGGCAUGUGCAAGGCGAAGAUUUAGGGAUUAAGGAAAGACUAAGGUUCUUGAGGGAAUUGGUUGAAAAGGAGAUGGGUAGCUUGAGUGUGGAGCAGGUAGAGAAUAUGUGGAUGAAGAGUGGGGAUGGGCUGCUGAAGCCAGGAAAAGGCGGACAUUGA